AUGAAGAUUUGCCACCCAGAUGUAGCAGGUGACGAUGGUGAGGAAGUCUGCAUUCUGCUCAAUGAUGCCUACGAUGUAUUGUCAAACGAGGAGGAGAAGAAGGCCUAUGACAUCGAGUUGGUGCAGCGGAAUGGUUCGAAGGAGCCAGUCUUUGUUGAUGAUGACCUUUCCCCAACUUGGGAUUGGACUUCCAAAGCUGGCAAUAAGAAAGAGAAGCCGGUUUACAACGGUCGACCUUUGUCGCGGUCGCUUUACCACAAGGUGGAAGACAAGGGCCCCAAACAUGACGAGGAAAAGUUUGUUUUCGUUGAUGAGUGGACCUGCAUUGCGUGCCGCAACUGCUGUGACGUUGCCCCAAAGACGUUUUGUAUCGAUGCAGAUGCUGGACGUGCACGGGUUUUUGCGCAGUGGGGUAAUGGAGAAGAGCUCCUGGACUAUGCUGUGCAGUCCUGCCCAGUGGACUGCAUCUACUGGGUCAGUCGAGAGGAGUUGCAAGCUCUCGAGUACGUCACCCGCGACCGGAUGUUUGAGAAUGGCAAUCAGCCUCCCUGUUCCAUGGCUGCUCGUCAAGGGACCGGAGGAGGAACGGACGACCCCUUUCGCAUGGCGACGGGCUUCAUGGCCAAGCGGGCAGAAGAGAAACGCCGUCAGGAGGCUCUAGGCGAAGGCUCAGAAAAUUUCGGUGCCAUGCAAGAAAGGAUCCGCGAGCUCUUUAGCCGUCUCAGUGAGAGGCUGCGACGAGCUGGUUGGGGUUGA